AGACAUUGUCACACUGAUUUUUUUUUUUACUUGCUCUCUCUCUAUAUAUUAUACACGUACAUAUUAGUUAUUACUCCUGAAGUGGAUUUUUUUAUUUUUUUUAUGACCAAGUUGUGGCAAUGUUGGACUACCGAUGUAUCAAUCCAUCACCAAUCGUGCUCUCCGGUGAUUGCGAACCCACCCAAGAUUCCGGCCAAACUCAUCACAUGUUCGAUCACUACAGCCAAUCUUUCAACGAACCCCUACUCAGUCCAAGUGGGUUCGCAGCUCAAACCCACCAACAUUUUCAUCAACCACACACUCACACCCAUUUGCACACUCUCUAUGAUCCAUGCCUCUGCAGCAGCAGCAGCAUGUCGUACCCAGUUCAUGCUCCGGCGAUGCUGUCACUCGAACACACCGGCGGACCAUCUUUCGGAGCGAGUGUGCCGAAGAGUGAACCGGGUGGAGGGUUCGAUUUCACGGCGAGGAUUGGGUUGGAUUUGGGGGGCUGGACGUAUUUCUCCACGGAGGAGGACGAGUUCGUGGACCGGGUGUACGGCCGGUUCAGGCCGGUCGAGGCCAACUCGCCGAGGUGUCAGGUUGACGGCUGCAAUGCCGAUCUGACCCAUGCAAAGAACUACCACCGCCGUCACAAGGUCUGCGAGUUUCACUCCAAAGCGACCACCGUCUUCGCCGCCGGGUUGACUCAGCGAUUCUGCCAAAAGUGCAGCAGGUUUCACGUCCUACCAGAAUUCGACAAUGGAAAACGAAGCUGCCGGAGAAAAUUGGCGGAUCACAACCGUCGACGACGAAAGUCUCAGCAGCCUAAUGAAGAACACAAGUCAAAGCAGCUCGAAAAUGCUCCUAACCCAUCAUCCCAACACCUUGCAAGGUCUCUACCAUAAUCUGGAGCUCACUCAUCUUCAUUGGUGACAAUGGCCGUCUCACCGUCUUGAAUGUUGUGGGAGAUUUUUGGGCAAAGGUAGUGGUAUGAUACUAGCUAAUAUGAAAAUUCUGAUGGAGGUACAGAGCCUGGAUCGAUCUGAAAUCACGAUUUAGAAAUAGGUGCUUAAGUACUUGCAGUUUUCUAUUAUCCUUUGAAUUUAAAUCCUUUCUCAAUAUGUGCGUAUUAUACAAAUGUUAAUCAAUGUAGUGAUGUUUUUAUACAAAUGUUAAUCAAUGUAGUGAUGUUUUUUUCUUUUUUUCUUUUUUGGUCAAAAUGCUCGUGCAAGUUUAUUUCCAAUUGCAUUAUUUUAUUUUGUCUUUCACUUGAUAUUUUCUCGGAAAAAAAGGAGAAAAAAGGGCCACGUAGAUAGGGUCAACAUAGGCAACCUGUCUCGUGCAUGGAGUCUAUGUUUUUAUCAACUUAUCAUCCAUUGAGGAAGAGUUUGAACUUUGAGGUGUCUUUUUUCUUUUUCUUUUUUAUUAUUUUCAAAAAUAAAAAACCUAACACAACUCAUUAGCAAAACUCCAACACAAACACUAACCACUUAAAAAAUGAUUUUUUUUUUUUUAAUUAAUAUAUCCUACUAAUUUACUCAUUUCCAACUAUAUACUCAUAGAAUACUACUAUUACCCUUCAAAAUUUUAUAAAAGAUUUUAUUAUUCUUCCACACCUUAUUUUAAGGGU